CAGCCAAUGGGGAGGCGGGAAACAGAGCUCCGGGCUCAGACGCCUGUUGUUCGCUUCGAGGCUCAGAGGAAGCUGCUCCGUCGAUGAAUUGAGUUCUGCUGCGAUUUGGAGCUGGACUCCCUCAAAUAACAACAACAUGAAGGCAGUGGAGGAGCCUGCCUACCUGAGCGUGGGGACAGAUGUGAGUGCGAAGUACAGAGGAGCGUUCUGUGAGGCCAAAAUCAAAACGGUCAAACGCCUCGUCAAAGUCAAGGUGACUCUGAAGGGGGAGGGGACGUCUCAGGUGGUGCAUGACGACCAGGUCAAAGGUCAGCUCAGGGUGGGGUCUGUGGUGGAGGUGAAGACCAAUGAAGGGUUGAACUCUGAGGCCGUCAUCAGCAAACUCACCGACGCCUCCCUGUACACCGUGGUUUUUGACGACGGAGACGAGAAAACUCUGAGGAGGACGUCUCUGUGUCUCAAAGGAGAGAGACACUUCGCCGAGAGCGAGACCCUGGACCAGCUCCCGCUCACAAACCCAGAGCAUUUUGGGACGCCUGUGAUCGGCAAGAAAUCCAACAGGGGGCGCCGCUCCUCACAGGCCGUCGCUGGUGAGGAGCAGGAGUGUUCUUCGUCUUCGUCGGAGGAGGAGGAGAGCAGAGUGUGUGACGAGCUCCUGGGCUCCGUCUGCUCUUUGGACGGAGCAGAACCGGGUCUGGUCCUGGUGCUGUCUCCGGUGUGUAACGAGGAGCUGGUGGUGAAGAAGGAUCACUGUCUGGUUCGUUCUUUUGGAGACGGGAAGUUCUCCACCGUGCUCCGCCGACACCUGCACACGCUAAACUCCGCCUCCAUCUGCAAACCCGAGCUCGCCAACAGGAAAGGUACGGACGCGUUCCUCAGGACCCGGGCGGUUCCGGACGUGUGGAAAAUGGACCUGAGUCAGAUCCUGGAGUCGUCGUCCGACAGUGACGAAAAACACAGCGACGAAGAACGAGAAGAAAACGAAGAGAGACGCAAGAAACGACUUCAGGAGGAGCCCGAGGAGGAGCCCGACCCCGACGAGAGAGACAACUUCCUCCAACAACUCUACAAGUUCAUGGAGGACAGAGGGACCCCCAUAAACAAACCCCCCGUGCUGGGCUAUAAGGACCUGAACCUGUUUAAGUUGUUCCGGUUGGUGACGGUCCAGGGCGGCUGCGGCGCCAUCGACUCUGGCACCGUCUGGAAACAGAUCUACACCGACCUGGGCAUCCCCGUCCUCAACUCUGCCGCCGCCUACAACGUCAAGACGGCCUACAAGAAAUACCUGUUUGGGUUCGAGGAGUUCUGCCGCUCGGCGCUCAUCACCUUCAGAACCAUCCACCACAAACACCCCCGCCCCCCCGUCUCCCCGACCAAUCAGAGAGCGCCCUCGGACACCAAGACCAGCCCCCCGUCCAAUCACAGAGCGCCGCCGGAGCCCACGAGCGGCCCCGCGCCCAAUCAGAGUGCGGCAGGGGCGGAGCUCAAAGACGCUGUGAAAACGGAGACAGAAUCAGAGAGCGAGAGCGACCGUGAAAGCGACCGCGACAACGACCGAGAGAACGACCGCGACGGCGAACACGACGCCGACCGCGAAGGCGACCGCGAGGGCGACAGAGAGGAGCGCCACGCCUCCCCCAGAGGUCGGCGUCGCGCCGUGCUCCCCCUAAAGGACAAACGAGGCACUGACUCUGACGAACAGCGAGAGCCGCGCAAACGCACGCCUAGACAAACUGACCAAUCAGAGCGCACACCCAGACUCACCGACCAAUCAGAGAGCGGGGGCAGGCUCACUGACCAAUCGGAGAGAGGCUCAGACGACGAGGAAGACGACGACGACGACGAAGAGGACGAACCUCCGCACCAGCCCACAGAGAGGUCGGAGGAGGACCCUGACGGAGUGACCGGGACCAGAGUCCGGGUCAAAUACGGUCGAGGAAAAACUCAGAAGAUUUAUGAGGCUCACAUCAAAAAGACCGACAUUGACAACGGAGAAAACUUCUACCUGGUGCAUUAUUACGGCUGGAACGUCAGGUACGACGAGUGGGUGAAGGCCGACCGCAUCAUCUGGCCCUCGGAGAAAGGAUCCAAGAAGAAAGGGAGGGGCAAACUGAAGAAGGAGGAGGGGCCUCUGGACGAGGAGCGCCCAUCGCAGGUGAAGAGUUCUGGGGGUCGCCGGGGUCGACCUCUGGGCAGCAAGAACAAGACCAACGGCCGAGCCCCCGAGAGACGACCCGAGUCUGGACCCAACCUGUCCAACGGAGACAACAGUGAGUACCCCACGAAUCCCCGACCUGUACCCGACCUGUCCAACGAAGACAGUGAGUACUCCACGUGUGCCCGACCUGUAACCGACCUGUCCAACGGAGACGGUGAGUACUCCACGUGUGCCCGACCUGUAACCGACCUGUCCAACGGAGACGGUGAGUACUCCACGUGUGCCCGACCUGUAACCGACCUGUCCAACGGAGACGGUGAGUACUCCACGUGUGCCCGACCUGGACCCGACCUGUCCAACGGAGACAGUGAGUACCCACGAGUCCCCGACCUGGACCCAACCUGUCCAACGGAGACGGUGAGUACUCCACGUGUGCCCGACCUGGACCCGACCUGUCCAACGGAGACAGUGAGUACCCACGAGUCCCCGACCUGGACCCGACCUGUCCAACGGAGACGUCCCCGACCUGGACCCAACCUGUCCAACGGAGACGGUGAGUACUCCACGUGUGCCCGACCUGGACCCGACCUGUCCAACGGAGACAGUGAGUACUCCACGAAUCCCCGACCUGUAACCGACCUGUCCAACGGAGACGGUGAGUACUCCACGUGUGCCCGACCUGGACCCGACCUGUCCAACGGAGACAACACUCCUCGCAGAAGAACCAGGAGGACCUCAGGGAUGUACGACUCGGACCGGGCCUCAGACGAGGAUUCUGGGAACUCGUCUGACGACAGCGAAUCAGAAGACUCGAUGGAGAAGAAGCGGUUUCCGUGGCGACGGCAGGAGGCGGGGCCCAAACAGGAAGCGGAGCUGCGUCUGAAACGGGAAGAGGAGGAGCCGAGCCUCGAGGACACGUCUGACCCCGCCCCCAAACCCGCAGACACUACAUCUCCCAGCAUGCACCAGGACACCGCCCACGGCCAAUCAGAGCAGGGGGCGGGGCCAGAGCAGCCGCCCGUCACUCCAGAGAAGAAGGCUCUGGCCCCGCCCACUCUGCUCCUGGACUCCUCCCCCAGACUCAAGCUCCUCCCCUCGGUCCCGCUCGUGCCCCUCCCCCCUCGCUCUGAGCCAAUGGUCGUCCUCCAUCACUGUUUACCCCCAGACUCCGACACAGACUCCGCCUCCGAGAGCGACAGCGAGAAGGAGGAGAGGAGAGGAGGAGUCGGAGGAGGAGGAGAGGAGGAGACACGGGCCCAAGGAGACGCUCGAGACGUGAAGGACGAGAGGACGGAAGACGAGAAGGACGAGGGGACGCAGGAGGACGACGUCAGGAGUCUCCUUCAUAACAGAUCUCCUCUGAGAGAACGACACCCGCUCCCACGAAGCCCCCACAAGGAACGCUCCACCCACCAGACAUCUCCACCCGCCGACAGGAGCCAGGCCGACAGGAGCCAGGCCGACAGGAGCCAGGCCGACAGGAGCCUCAGACCAGAGCAGACAGAAGGCGCCAACUCUCCGCUCCGACCGAUCAGAACCGAGGAAGAGAAACCAAACACGACGCAGGGAGAGAAGACGCCGCUGAGACACGACCGACACGAAGAACAAGGUCCACCACAAGGUCCACCACAACCACAAAGUCAACCGCAGGGUCCUCCACACGAGAGCGCUGAUGUUCCCAACGAAGAGCCAGGCGAAGGGCAGACGACGGCCGAAACACAGGACAGAACUGAGCCUGAAAAUCCACCAAAACCUGAAGAACAUCAGGAACAGAUAGAAGAAAGAACGGAGAAGAACGAAGCGGAGAAAACCCCGGUGAAGCGUAAGGCUCCAGAGCAGAAGAGUCCAGAGAAGAAACUCAAGACAGAAACAAAAACGUCUCCAAAUACUACAAACAUGGCUGACACGGAGCAGCAGAGCAGAGCGACGGAACAGGAGGAGGUAAAGAUGGAGGUGUCGGAGGUUAAAGGAGAGGAGGAGCAGAAGUUGGAGCAGAAGUUGGAGCAGAAGUUGGAGCAGAAGUUGGAGCAGAAGUUGGAGCAGAAGUUGGAGCAGAAGUUGGAGCAGGUAGAGCAGGAGCAGAGAGAAGCCACCCUCCCCAUGGGCCCCGAGGCGUUGGUUUGUCACGAGGUGGACCUGGACGAGCCCGACGAGCGCGAGAAAGCCGUGAGCGCCUCAGAGCAGCUCCUGCUCAUGAUGAGAGAAUCACACCUGCACCUGUCCCCGCCCACGCCGCACAAAACCCAGCCCACGCCCUCCAAAGGCCUGUCCACGCCACCCAAAGCCCCGCCCACUGCGCCAGAGCACAACUGCGGCGAGCGGAGAGACGAGCGAGGACACGAGGAGGGACGCCAGCGAGGACACGAGGAGGGACGCCAGCGAGGACACGAGGAGGGACGCCAGCGAGGACACGAGGAGGGACGCCAGCGAGGACACGAGGACGCCAACUCCAGUCCUAUGUCCAACUCCUCCCACUGCGACCGAGGUCAGAAGAGAGUUCUGGAGGGACACAGUCCAACUGUGAAGAAACACAAACGACACAAGAGACCAACACCACAAAAACACGACAAGAACGGAGCCGGUCACAGCAGCGACAGUGAAGACCAGAGUCACAAACACUGUCCCUCCCCGACCAGCAGAGGGCACAAGUGGACCCUGCACAUCGACGACCUGGAGAAGAUGUCGUCUUCAGAGAGGAUUUCGUUUCUUCAGGACAAACUUCAGGAAAUCAGGAAAUAUUAUCUGAGCCUGAAGUCUGAGGUGGCGUCAAUAGACCGAAGAAGAAAACGACUGAAGAAGAAAGAACGAGAAGUGUCGCACACGGCCUCAGCCUCGUCUUCGUCAGACGCCGCCCUCAGCCCCUCCUCCUCCUCUCCGUCUCAGAGCUCAUUGGCUGUGGAGGUCAGGUGAUGCUUGGCUUGGCCCCGCCCCCUCGCUGCCUCCGACCAUCGCCUCAAAAACGCCUCCACCCCGACACACACCUGUACACACACCUGAGCAGAUCCAGGUGGGGUUUUAUUGUGAAGGUUCCUCUGUGCUUCCUGCUUUUCAUCUUUUAUAUGAAUCAGAGCUUUUAUUUUGGUAAAAAUCACAAAACGUUAAAAAGUCAUGGUGGCGGCGGCAGGAAGCACACGCUCUGUCAAAGUAAAAGUCUUUUUCCUCAAACAGAAACUGAACCAAUGUGGCGAGAAAGUGAGCGCUUUUAUUUUGAAGGGACGUGAGGUUUGUGCAGCGAGAAUGUAAACGAGCCCAGAAUGUGUUUUAUACAACUUUUUUAGACUUUUCAUUUUUCACUUGUUCUUUUUUUUUUUUUUUUUUUUUUAAAGAUGAAUUUGUCUUUUGUUUUAUUCCAGUGAUUUAUUUAUUUCCACUGUUUUAACGUUUAAUUUUGUCGUUUUAAACUGUUACAGAAGCAGCUCCAGGUUUGUGUUUGAGGAAAAGUUCAAAUCACAAAAAUGUUUUUCUUCACAACAAACGGAACGUUUAAUGACCCAAUUUAGUCCUGGUUCAGUCCUGGUUUAGUCCUGGUUUAGUCCUGGUUUAGUCCUGGUUUAGUUCUGGAUCCAGUGCAGUUUUAGUUGAAUCUCUUUAAAAUCAAAACUUUAAAUUGUUCUGAAACGUUUCUGUUGUUGUGAAGUGACCUCUGACCCCUCUGACCCCCGUGACCUGUGACCUGUGCGCGUCUGGAGUGAGGCGUUCUUGAGGCGAGCGGCGCCCCCUGCAGUUUGUACAGAGCUAUGGAACCAUGUGGACUCUCUGUAAAGAAUGAUUUAUAAUAUUUUUUAAAAAGUUUGUACUCGUUUUAUCAAAUGAACAAAUGUCGUUUUUUAUGUCACUUUUCUGUAAAUAAAUAAAUACAGAAAUAAAUCAAA